CUCUGCUCCCCUUCCCUCCCCUCCCUCCCCCGGGCUGGGCGGCCUUAAAGGCCCGGACCCCAGGAGCCCGCGGACCUUGGCGAGGAGACCAGGGGCCGGAGCUGUCCGGAGCUGUCCGGGGACGCGGGCACUCAUCUCCCUCCGGCUGCCCCGCCUCUCUGCCAGUCCUCCCGAUCCCAGCCCGCCCGGGCGGAGCCGUAGGUAGCUGGUGGCGUUGUCAGAGGCUGCGGCCCCGGCGAGGGUCCACUGAGAUGCACCCGCUGGGCUGACUCCCGGCCCUUCCAGCCAUCUCCGCCCCUUCUUCUCGCUCCUCCUCCGGCCACCUGGCCCCCAGAGGGGGCGAUCGGGGUGACAGGCAGUACUAGGGACACCCGGGGACCGAGCACCGUCCGUCCGAUCGGGCCCCAGAGGCUCGGACGCCGGGGUCCCUGAGAGCCAGCAGAAAGCUUCUGAUGGAAGACUUGGCCCGGGCCGAGCCCCGGUUCCGCGGCUAAGAUGGGGAACAAGCAGACGAUCUUCACUGACGAGCAGCUGGACAACUACCAGGACUGUUCCUUCUUCAAUCGGAAUGACAUCCUCAAGUUGCAUGCCCGAUACUACGAGCUAGCGCCCAACAUCGUGCCCAUGGACUAUCGAAAGAACCCUAUCGUCACCGUGCCCAUGUCGGUCAUCAUACAAAUGCCGGAGUUCAAGGAGAAUCCCUUCAAGGAGAGAAUUGUGGCAUCUUUCUCUGAGGACGGUGAGGGGAAUCUCACUUUCAAUGACUUUGUGGACAUGUUCUCAGUCCUCUGUGAGUCAGCACCUAGGGAACUCAAAGCGAGCUAUGCCUUUAAGAUCUAUGACUUCAACAAUGACAACUUCAUCUGCAAGAAAGACCUGGAGCUGACCCUGGCCCGACUAACCAAGUCGGAACUGGAGGAGGAAGAGGUGGUUCUUGUGUGUGAUAAGGUCAUUGAGGAGGCCGAUCUGGAUGGAGAUGGAAAACUCAGCUAUGCAGACUUUGAAGAUAUGAUUGCUAAGUCCCCUGACUUUCUGAGCACUUUCCACAUUCGGAUUUGAAGCUACCCAUCAGGCCACUGGAGAUGACAUCAGCUCAGCCCAGGCACCUGUGAGAGUCCCCCAGGGCUCUCCUUUCAGAGAGAAGGAUUUCUACAGGCACAUGCUGUUGGCAAAAGGCGUGGCUUCCUGUGGUUUUUACACCUGUGAAAUUUUAUUAAGGCCCUAUCAGCAAAAAACAAACACAAACCCAACAUGAGAAAAGCUAACAAUGACCAACUCACCUCCCAGGAGGCUCCCAUCUGUCUCCCAUGUGCUCUCAAGAUCUUACACUCUCACAGCUUUCUCUCCCAGACAGAAGAUGCUCUCAGCCAGCCAGGGUGCUGGGCCUGGCACCGAUCUCUGUACAGCUGCCUGUGUGGAGGGCUCACAGGCGGGCGACCGUGUCUUGAUUCCUGGCCUAAGGUCUGCUGAUCCAUUGGCUCUCCAGUGGAGGCCAAGCUGGGUCUAAAUGUGUUCUGCCUUGGGAAAUGAAGACAGGCAUGAGGAUGGCUAUACCUUUUCCUCCUCAAACCUCCUCAAAGAACCAAAGAGGGAAAGGAGAAAAAUGUCCUUUAAAAAAAUGAGUUUCACUCUGUUGAAGGGUGGCAAGAUUUCUGAGAAGCAUAGGAGUGAGCACAAAAGGAAAAAAUAGGGAGGAGGUUUUGAAUCAGCUAUGCAAUCUUUCUCGUUGAAUGCCUGUUUUCAGCUCUGCCUUUCUCCCUUUUCCACCAGACACUGCCACCCCCUCUCUGGGCUUGGCCCAGGCUGCACUGCCGCUUGCCUCUGGCAGUCAAUGGAAGGGCUCCGUCACUCUUACUGCAUCACUUGUCCCCAUUAAAUACUCUGACUGAUCUGACCAUGACUAAAGGGUAUGUGGACCUUGGCUCCAUUAUUCAUUCAUUUGGAAAAUUGACAAGCACUUUCCAAGCCACCCCCCUCCCCCACUGGGCUAGGUACUGCCCGGGGCUACAAGAAAAAAACAGGAGUUUACAUUCUAUGGGGGAAGGACAGCCUUGUGUGUGUACAUAAAUAUACAAAAAAUAAAUACAGAAAUAACCUUUGGGGAGAAGGCACUAGCAUUUGGGAGAAUUUUUUUAAAAAUUAAAAGGUCAUGUUUGAACCUAACAUUGAAGAAAUCUAGAGAUUCUAAAAGGCAGGGGGUAUAUUCCAGGCACAGAGAACAGCCUGUGCAAAGGCUGAAUGAUGGGAGAUGAAGUAUCAUGGAUGAAGAACCAGUUUGGCCAAACUGUAGAUUUCAUGAAUGGGGGGUGGGUAAUAGAUGAUAAAGCAGGAAAGGUAAGGUGAAGUCAGGCUGUGAAAGGCCUCAGAUGCCAAACAAGAAUUGAUAUUUGAUUCUGGAAGCAACAGGUAGCCAUUUGGGGUUUUCUAUGUUGGGACCUAAACACUAGGUCUAUUACGUUGGCAGCUCUGUGCAUGAAGGAUUGGAGUGGGGAAAGACUUAAGUCAAGGGCACCAGCUUGGAAGCUAUUGCAAUAAUCAAGAGGUGAUGAGAGCUUGAGCUAAGUUGGUGGCUAUUUGGAGGGGAGAAAGGGAUGGGUGGGAGGAUAUGGAAGGAGAAUUGACCAGACUUGGCCACUGAUAAGAAAAAAGGAGUGGGGGGAGAAAGGAAUUGAAGAUGAAUUCAAGGUUUCAGAUCUGGGGGGCUAGGAGGGUGGUAGUGUCCUCAAAAGAGACAAGGAAGUUCAGAAGAGCAGCGAGUCUGGAGAGAAAGAUGAGUUCCAUUUUGGACUUCAUUUUGAAAUGCCUACAGGACAUCCUCUUGGAAAUGUCCAGUAAGCAGCUGGUGAUUUCACAAAAAUUUAUUAUGCAUCUACUGUGUACCAAGGCUCUGAGCCCAUGGGAAUAUAAAAAAUGUAGGAAGCUAUUUCUUGCAUGGUAUUAUUUGAGAAGGUCCACCAUUAAAGGUUUAUCCCUUUGGCUUAAGUA